CGGAGGCGACUGGUUUGGAGAAACGUCGGCUCAUAAACUUUCCGGGUUUGUGGAAUUAGGAUAAAUAAACGAUAAUUAUUCAAUAUAGCUUAGUCAGUAGAUUUGAACAACGAUAAACUAUUAUCGGAAUGGAUCCGUUUACCGAGAAACUCCUGGAGAGGACCCGUGCUCGCAGGGAGAACCUGCAGAAGAAAAUGGCAGAGAGGUCCACUGCUUCCAACAGACAGAUGGCCAAGAGAGCUAGGGAGCCUCUGGCUGAGACCUGCAACAGCCUGGUCACAGAGCCUGUCGUCGACAAAGGCCCCCAACAUUCCACCAAGCACUCUCCCUCCAAGCGGAGUCGUUCAGGUGAACUUGACAAGCCCACCAUUAUUGGUGAGGAGAACAGGGAGCCUGCAAUGCCUCCUCGCACCCUGUCCCCUACUCUGUCAGAUCCCCAGACUGACCGGAAGCCCCCAACGGGCCCAGCCAGCCUUCUCUCUGCCUCUUCUCUCGAGAGGGUGGAUGUCUACCCUGCUCUUCCCGUUCCUGAACCAGAGCCCAUGGUGGCAACACGGCUUGUCCCAGAGCAGGUCCGGGCCACGGAGGUAGAGCGUCCUGCCCCAAAACCGGAGAAGGUGGCUGAGAGUGCUGCUCCACAGAGGACCAGUGAUGUGGAGGUGGUGCCUACUAGCACAGUUCUUCAGAGGAACAGAGAAGAGCAGAGGGAGGCUCCCACCUCUUCCACCCCUGCUGCCAUGAAGUCUCGCCUGGCCAGACUAGCUGAACAGAGGCAUUACUGGGACUCUGAAGGUACCUCUGAGGUUCCAGACAUCCCAGCACCUCUCUCCCCAGUGAAGAACCAGACCCAGCCGAGGCAGGCCGUAGCCCCAGUCACCACACCCGUCCAUGCUGCUGCGUCCUCAGAGGCCCCUGUAGGCAGGAAGGGUCGGCUGGCCAACCUCGCAGCCACCAUUGGGUCUUGGGAGGAUGACCUCAGCCACGCGGCCCCUCGCAGCAGCAGAGACCAUGCCCAAGAGAAGCCUGGUAGUGUCAGUAACGCCACCCCUGCUUGGAGGAGAGAGGCUGGAGCCAAACCCACCUCUGCUGCUGCAGACCGUCCACAAAUGACUCAGUCAUCAAACAGAAAGCCUGCUCUGGAUUCCAACCAGCAGCCUGUCCACUCCCCAGUCAAGUCCAGCAGAGCAUUUCCCCUCAGCCCUCAGAAGACUGAAGUACCUGAAGCCAGACCAGCUCUACAGACAGGCAGAGGUCUCCCCUCUCCUGUAUCCAGUCCCCAGAGGAGUUACCAGGGGAGAGACUCAGCCUUCACCCCCAGCCCCGAGAAAGGUGCUCUCUCCUCAGCCACACCUGUGCCUCAGAGCCCCCUGAAGAACCAGGCCCUGUCCCGAGCCAUGGAGGUCAACGGUAGCCCCGAGAAGCCAGAGCUCCCCACACAGCCCUCUACCAUCGGGCCCACUGGACCCUCUGUCCUGCAGACCAGGGAGAGGUUCACAAAGGAGACCACCCCGGCCACUCCCCUGCAGCAGAGAGGCACAGCUGGAGCAACUGAACCCUCUGUCCUGCAGACCAGGGAGAGGUUCACCAAGGAGACCUCCCCGGCCACUCCCCUGCAGCAGAGAGGCACAGCUGGAGCAACUGGACCCUCUGUCCUGCAGACCAGGGAGAGGUUCACCAAGGAGACCUCCCCGGUCACUCCCCUGCAGCAGAGAGGCGCAGCUGGAGCAACUGGACCCUCUGUCCUGCAGACCAGGGAGAGGUUCACCAAGGAGACCUCCCCGGCCACUCCCCUGCAGCAGAGAGGCACCGCUGGAGCAACUGGAACUCCAGCAGAUGUCAAGUCGUUCAUGGAGCGUUUUGGGGAGAGGUGCCAGGAGCGUUCUGGCCUGAGUUCCCCUGCUACCUGCCAUGGAGCAGCCACUCGUAACCCAAACAUAGUGAACCCGUCUGGGGCAGGCCUGGCUGGUCGUACCCCUGUAGUGAGCCAGUCUGUGACCCCCAACACCAGGCUGGUGCAGGAGAGGCUGAGAGGUGCCCAGGCUGCCACCACUGCCCUUGCACAGAAACAGAAACUGGAGCGUGAGUCAGAACUGGCUCAGAUUCGUAACCGUUUCCAGAAAGGGAACAACAUUUGGAAGAACAAGGAGGGGGUGGCAGACACCAAGAAACUCACACAGGCCAAGGAUCUGAUUGAGCAUCCUGAGGAGAGAGGGCCUGUUGUCUCACAGCCUGAUGAGCCAACAGCUUCCCCUCUGGAUAGCCUGAAUGCUGCACCCAAGAAACCUUCUGAGGAAGAAACACAGGAGGAGGAAUCGGAUGAAGAAGAGAGUCAUGAGAUGGAGAUGAAAGUGGACCAGUCCAACAACUCUGAGAUCAACAACUUUGAUGGGUUCCAUGACCAGAUUGAGGAGCUGAGUGGUGAGGAGGGUGAAGGAGAAGAAGAGGAAGAUAAAUUGAACAUCUCCUCGAUGUCCAUCCUGGCCCCCUUCUCUGAGUCGGUGGCUGCUGUGAUCAAGAGCCCAGUAAGGAAGAUGAUGACGUCGACCCCAGCCAGUUCAUUCAACGCUAAGAGCCAGACUCCUGACAUUGUUUCCAGACCCAGUAAGUUCCAAAGGGCUCGCUUGCUCCGGGCUGGGUCAUCAGACAGCCUAGAGACAGACGAACAUGAGGACCACAACCUGCCCUACAGUAUUGAUGCGUACAGGUCGACCAGGAUCAAGGAGAGUACUGAGAGGCCCUGUGUGAAGCAGGUCAUCGUGAAGGAGGACGUGUCUCGGAGAGCAGCAGAGGAGCCCAGGAGCCAAGGACACACCAGCAUCAAACAGAAGAUGAAGGUUCUGACCUAUGAGAUGAACCUACAGCAGACUGUGAUCAGCCAGGCCAGCCAAGCCUUGAACUGCUGUACUGAUGAGGAGCAUGGGAAAGGCUCGCAUGUGGAGGCAGAGGCUGAGCGGCUGCUGCUCAUAGCCACGGAGAAACGGGGGGCACUGAAGGCUGAGUUGGACCGUCUGAAGGGAGAGGGUCCUACCGGUCAUAGGAGGGGGCAGGGUGGGGACAUGGGGGUAUCCGCCUCCAAGGGAUCCAUCUCUCUCUUGGAGCUACGAUUGCCCCUCAAGGCUGACUUUGUCUGCUCCGCUGCUAGCAAGCCAGAGUGGUCCAGCCAUUACUUCUUCAUCAUGAUCCGUGCUGGAGCUGAGAAUACAGUUGCUACUCCCCUCGCCAGCACACGUAGCGCUAUCAGUGGAGACGCAAUCACCUUCUCUACCAAGUUCACCAUGCCUGACGUCUCUAACGACUUUGCAAUUGAUAUUGAGGUUUACUGCCUGGUGCAGAAGCGUGAGUUGAACCCUGACAAGAGGAAGAAGCCCAGCAAGUCUAAGGCCAUCACUCCCAAGAGGUUCCUCUCUAAGAGCAGUUUGACUCCAGUGGUGGCCAGUCCUGGGGGCCCUAAUACUGUCCGCACCAGUAACUUUGUCCUGGUCGGGUCUCACAAGCUGACUCUUGCCUCAAUUGGGAAAAACAAGUUCCUAUUGGAGAAGAUCAAAUAUGAAGGCAUUGAGAGAGAGCUUCUUAGAGACAUGUUUCACAGCAAGGUGCCUUUCCUGUGCCCCAUGGAGGGCCAUAUCUACCUGAAGAUGCAGUGUGAGGUGGGCUCCCUGGUGGAGGAGAGAGGCUUCCUGACUAUGUUUGAGGAUGUGAGUGGAUUCGGAGCAUGGCACAGGAGAUGGUGUGUCCUGUCAGGAUACUGUAUCUCCUACUGGACCUACCCUGAUGAUGAGAAACGCAAGAACCCAAUGGGUCGCAUCAACUUGGCCAACUGCAUCAGUCGUAAGGUGGAGCCAGCCAACCGAGAGUUCUGUGCCAGGCCCAACACCUUCGAGCUGAUCACUGUCCGGCCUCAGAGAGAGAACGACAGAGAGACGCUCGUCAGCCAGUGUAAAAACACCAUGUGUGUCACCAAGAACUGGCUGUGUGCUGACACAAAGGACGAGAGGAACCUGUGGAUGCAGAAGCUCAACCAGAUCCUGGUGGACCUGCGCAUGUGGCAGCCAGACUCCUGCCACAGGCCUGUGUGAGAGCACAGCUCCCCCACCUGGACAAGAGGGCUAACAACACCCUGCAUGGUUCUGGGUCUCGCAUAUGGACUGUCACGAUCAGUGACACUUACGAUGACUAAGUGCAAUACAGUAUUCAAGUUAUUAAAUAGGAUUUACAUGUGUAUUAUAUUUUUAGAUGCUUUAGUGGACAGUCAAGACAGUUUAAAUCAGGGAUGGGCAACUGGGGGGCCCCCUUUUGUAGCCCCCCAUUCUCCAACUCAUUCUGGGUCUCAUCCAGGGUUUUCGUUAGGAAACUGUGGCGCUGGACGUUUGAACAGCCACAUUUUAAUUUACAAGACAUUUUGAGAACUGCCGCACCCAUAUGUAUUGGGUGUGUAAUCUGAUUAUGGGGUCCACCCACAGUGCUCAGAAUGACAAAUCACAUUUUGUUUAUGGUAAUUCAUAUUAACAGAACAUUCAAGUCAGAUACUACGAUGUGCGGUCCUGAUUCUGAUGGCCACUAAAAUGUUAGAAUAAGUGUCUACAUUUAUCUUUCCUCGGCCAACAACAUGAGCAACGGACAGCAAAACCACUAGCUAUGUCAAUCUGCUAUCCUUCAUAGUAGAAAAGUUUACCUAUUUUACUGGUCAGCAUGUUGAGAAAUAGCCUAUUCCAAAUAGACUCUGAGACCGUUAUGGGAAGAUGGCGCCCAAAUUCAUACAAUCAGUAGGUCAAGGCUACAUUAAAAAAAUUACUUUAAAGCAAUGAAUCUGAAACAACCAAUCCAAACGUUUAGCUUAAUGUUGAUAAACUAUGAUCCCAUGGCGCUUGCAAUGCCAGAGUUGUGGGUUCGAUUCCCACAGGGGACCAGUGUGAAAAUAUAUGCACUCACUACUGUAAGUCCUACUGAAAUAAGAGUCUGCUAAAUGACAAAUGUAUUGACAUUAUAAGCUAUGUGCACAUGUUUGUUCCAUAGUACAGUUAGUGGGAAAACACCAAAAGGGCACUGCACCUGCAAGCAGUUUCAUGUGAUGGAUGAAAAUAUCCGUUAGACAUUUAAAAAGAGAUCGAAUAGGCUCGGUUCAGGUUUCAAACAAUUAAGUAUAUGUUUUCAAAAUGCAUAGCCUACUGCCUCCAAAGUGGUGUGUGACGCGCUGAUGAAGCUUGCCUUCUGUUGCCGUUUGAGAUGCUGCAGCAGCUCUCACUGUCUCAUAUUUUCCGCUCUGUCUGCAUGCUUUAGGUGUGUGAUAAAUAAGAUGCAUGAAGAAUGUACUGUAGCCUACGCAUGCGGCAAUUUAAUUCCUCUAAAUGAGGAAUGAACCUAUAGACCUGUAAGCAUAACAGGUCAAAUGUAUUUCCAUCAAUGAAUAGGCCCCCCAAAAAAAUUUACAAUGGGAUCCCCCCCGGACAAUUUGCAGGUGCAACUUUUAUAUCGGCUUUUCUAUUUCCUGGUCUCGACUUACCAUUGAGAGAUAAGACAAUUUUAAAUUUGGUUGUGCAUCAGCAGUUUCUGUUAAAGCAGUCACUCAAUUAUCCCAUGGUAAGUUAUUCAUGGUCGAAUUACAGAUGGGGGGGCCCCAUUAAGAUAUUUUGUUACUCAGAUAUAUUAACUGCAAAUACUCCUCUCCGCCCCCUGGCAAAAUGUGUAGAAUUGCAGCAAACUUGCUUUAAAACUAACAUUUUCUUUGUGCUCCAUGGCAAACUGCAGAACAUGUUCUCCCAAACGUACUUUUCUUAUCUCCGCUGUCAAGGGGGGCCGUUUAAAAAUAUUUUUCUCAUGGUCACUGCAUGUGUGUUUAUGGAUGUGGGUACUCAGACCCACAAGCCACUGGAGCCCCUCAUGAUGAGUUAAGAUUUUGUGGCCCCCACCCUUAUCAAUGUUGCCUAUCCCUGGUUUAAGUUGUGAGAGAAAUAUCAGUAAAGCCAUACUUGUGUAGAUAUUUCAGUAUUGACUAGGGCUGCUGGUGCUUUUACACAGUCCACACUGACCCUGUAUUUUAUACGCAUGUCCAAAGUGUUGGGAGGCCAUACCCUCAAAUAUUUGAGAGAAUUGAGAAAGUAGCAUUUUGGUUGUCUAUGCUUAUACUCCCACGAUGCAGCUUGCUGACAAGAUAUGGCAUCAUAGGUUGACUUUGUUUUGUCUGAUUGAAUGUUUUGAAUCAAUAUUUAACUUGAUGUGUCACAACCAAUUCCAGAAUUGUCUGCGUCAGUGCCAAGGUUAUGCACCAGAAUGUUAUGAUUUUUUUGCUAUUCCCUUUUUUCUUCCUUUGCAAUCUUCGCUAACCUUAUAUUUAUCAUGUUGUGCACUGUGGGUAGAAACUUCUGAGCUGUCGAGACUACCGAACAAAAAAGCCUUUAAUAUUGUUUGUAUUUAUGUCAAUGUUUUAUAUUUUUGUGUCCAGGUUUUAAAGGGUUACAGUUAAACAGGGGGUGUCGAUCUGCAGGUAUUGGGUAUAGUAUACCACCAUUCUAUUGUAAUGGAAAACUUUGACAGUUGAGAUUAUUGCACACCCUUUUUUGUAUGGGCAGAUUUCUAUUCUCAUUUUAGUAUAGCUAGCUCUACACUAAGUUUAAAGCUUAUUCUCAGUUCAAGUUUUAAGCAUGUGCUCGGAGGACUGAAGAUGCUACUUACUCUUUUGAUUUUACAGUGAUGUUUUGGGGAGGAUAAUACUGUUUUGGGGGGGAUAAUAUGCCUUAUCUACCCAUUAAUUAGUUCACAAAAUGUUAAUUAUUCUCCAAAUAUUGACAGGUCUAUCAUAUCCCCUGAUCUGUCCUGUCUAAAUGCCAGUCUUUCAUUUGAACAACAAGCACUCCAAAGAUUCAUUGAAUGUACUGGUAUUUCUAAAAUGAGACUUAAAUAAAUGCCAGCUUUAACCAAAAUAGUUGGUUUUCUUUCAAGCUGA